AUGGGUCCUUAUCGAGUAUUGGUCUUCGUAUUUCUAGCUGCAUUACUAGAAUUAACUGUUGGAACUCACUUUCGUGGUGGUAUUAUUACCUGGCGAGCACUGAACACUACUCCUUCGGGUACACAUGCUCAAAUUCUGAUUCACCAACGAUAUUCGUGGCGUCGUAGUUAUUGGUGGAGCAUGUGCACUACUACGACAAUCACUAAUCAGCAAAUUAUCGGUAGUCCCACAGGCACUUUACAAUGCAAUGUUGGCUCUUGUGGUUCAUUCACGUCUCUAAGUGCCGAUGUUAUAUGUACAGAUUACAGCACAUUAAUUGAUUGUUCAUCAGGAGAAGUAUAUGAUACACUUACUCUUCCACUUAGUAGUACUUUUGUAGUGGGAUUUUAUGGCGGUAACUGGUUGCCAUUGGCUAUCGGUGGUAAUUCCUAUUGGCAAGUCACCGGUAAAAUCGAUCUUACAGUACGUCCUGAUGGUUUGAUUAAUACUUCACCAGUUACAACUACUCUUCCAGUGAUUUAUCGAACUGUGGGUGUUCAACAUAUUCACAUUAUUCCAAUGUCCGAUGCUGAUUCCACUGACACACUGCGAUGUCGAUGGUCAACUGAUAAUACACCAACAUCCAAUACAAACGGAUACGACGAAUGUGCCUCAGUGUGUGCUCCGAGUGUUAAUGGAAUGCUUAUGAAUCGACCAAGUCGUAAUGGAACCUAUGUAUACUUCAAUGAUGUCACAUUAAAUAAUACAGUUGUACUCAAGUAUGAUUGUGGCUGGUCGCCAAAUGUUAUAUAUUCGGGCAGCACAAUGGUUAUCUAUGCGCCUUUUGCCUGGGUACCUGGUCAUAGUUACUUUGUAACAUUCGACAGCGGUUAG